CUUUUUCGAGAAAUGGCUUAUUAUCUUGAAACUCUUUUUCCAAUGCAUCAAUAGAUUCUUUCUGGCAGACUAAAGGUAUCUUGGCGAUAGCGAAACUUCUGGUUGCCAAUCAUUUUGUUCUUGAGAGGUCAUGUUGGAAGCGCGUAAGGUUGGAGACGGUGGAGUUAGUGGCUGGAUUGAUUUGUGCCGCAGGAACCCUUUAAGCAUGUGACGUGACUGCCACUUGGCGGCCUCUCAAUAUUUUUUUGAAAUUUGCAAGUUUUUGGGAAUGCCCAAGCUGUGCCAAUCUCGACUUGACCUCUAGCGAACAUGGGAACCAAAAAACAACAAAACAAGCGCCAGUCUAACGGAAAGCGUGGCCUUGAAGUUCGCACCCAGCCAAAGCUGAAGAAAGAUCUCGGAGUACCAAGUCUACAGCACUUCAAGACAAAAAUGACCAACAAAGUUGAGGAACAGAAGCGAAAGGUAGAAGAGGCUGGAAAGCGACAAACAAGUGCUCGGGAAGCUCUUCAUAACAAAUACAGAAAUAUGUCAUCCGGACUCUCAUUAGCAGAUAUGGCUAAUCAAGCAGAGCAGCGAAGUGCAACAUUCGCUAGCGCUGAAGGUGCUGGCGAAGAAGAGUUCAAGGAUAUGGUGGAUGCUGCCGCGACGGGACAAAAAGACAACUCCAGAAAAGCAUACUUUAGAGAGUUCCGAAAAGUUUUGGAGCACGCCGAUGUUGUGUUGGAAGUAUUGGAUGCUCGUGACCCUCUAGGAUGCCGUACUCGACAUGUAGAGAGAAUGAUUAUGGAUAGUGGUCUGAACAAGAAGGUUAUCCUUGUGCUUAACAAGAUUGAUCUGGUACCUAGAGAAAAUGUCGAAUCAUGGCUAAAAUACCUUCGCAACGAAUACCCCGCCAUUGCCUUCAAGGCCUCAACUCAGAGCCAGAGAAGAAAUCUUGGCCAAUCCAACAUGUCAGCUGAUAUUGCUAGCUCAGAUAUGCUCAACUCUUCAGAAUGUUUAGGAGCGGAUCAGCUUAUCAAACUCUUGAAGAAUUAUUGCCGUAAUCUUAACAUGAAGACUUCCAUCACCGUUGGUGUCAUCGGUUAUCCUAACGUUGGAAAGUCAUCUGUUAUUAAUUCACUCAAGCGAUCAAAAGUAUGUGGUGUCGGAUCGACCCCUGGAUUCACCAAAGUUGCACAACAAAUCACCCUGGAUAAAAAUAUCAAGUUGUUGGAUUGUCCUGGUAUUGUCUUUGCUGCCCAGGGACAUAAUGGAGAAUCAGAUGCAGAAGUGCUUCUGCGAAAUUGCGUCAAAGUCGAAUUAUUGGAAGAUCCAAUCACACCAGUUGAGGUCAUUGUGUCUCGAUGUAAUAUGGAGCAACUUAUGGCCAUGUAUGAAAUCCCGCCUUUCAAUGAUGUUCAAGAAUUCCUCGUGCAAUUGGCGUUACAGAGAGGUAAAUUAAAGAAGGGUGGUAUCCCAGAUACACAUCUUGUCGCUAGAGCUGUACUUCAAGAUUGGAAUGGUGGCAAGAUUCCAUUUUACACCAGGCCUCCAUCUGCUACGACCAGUCAUAUCACUGCCUCUGUGGUAUCCUCGUGGGGCAAGGAGUUGAGUUUGGACGAGUUGGUGAAUGACGAUAGUCUUGUUCUUGGAUCAUUGAAGAGCAGUAGCGAGUUUGGAAACGGAGCUGUCGUUAUGGUAGGUACAUCCAAUGAUUGGAUCUAGACGAGACACGGUACUAAAUCGCACUUUUUAGCAAUCGAAUGAUGCCGACGCGGAUAGAUACACAGAUCUUAUGGACCAAGACAUGAUG